CUGAGCUCUUACCAUAUGUUGGUAUGAAAAAGGAUGAGUUACUUUUAUUUUGUAAAAGACCUUUUUGGGUCAGAUCACGUAUUGCAUUGUUGGUAGCCCUUCUCUCAAUAUGGUUAAUUAUAUUUUCAAAUGCCACUACCAGUGAAGAUGUUAAAAAGACAUGUAAUGUUGAUAAAUGGUGGAAACAUUCAAUAAUGUAUGAAGUAUAUCCAAGAUCUUUUCAAGAUAGCAAUGGGGAUGGAAUCGGGGAUUUGAAAGGUAUAAUAUCGAGAUUAGAUUAUUUCACCUACCUGGGAAUCGACGCGAUCUGGUUGACACCAGUCUACAAAUCUCCCAUGAAAGAUUUUGGGUACGACAUAGCCGAUUUCGUGGAUAUCGAUCCCUUGUUUGGCGACCUCCACGAUUUUAAAGAGCUCGUGGCUGAAGCUCAUAACAGAAAUAUUAAGAUAAUAAUGAAUUUCGUUCCCAACCAUACGAGCAGGGAGCACAAUUGGUUUAACAUGAGUUGCCAGGCGAUAGAUCCGUACAAGGAUUACUACGUUUGGAAGAACGGAAAAUUGAUGAAUGACGGAAAAAUGGGCCCACCUAACAAUUGGCUUGGUCAAUUCGGAGGUUCGGCUUGGACAUGGAACUCUCAGAGGAACCAAUUUUACUACCACGCCUUUUUGAAGGAACUACCAGAUUUGAAUUUCGAAAAUCCUAAAGUUAUAGAAGAAAUGAAGAAAGUAUUAAGAUUCUGGCUCGAUCUUGGUGUGGAUGGCUUCAGGAUAGAUGCCGUUUCAAAUUUGCACGAGGAUCAAAGAUUUUUGGACGAACUCAUUAACGACGAAGGCUCUAUAUCGGCAUCUAAGGAUGAAUUCAAUUACCUGAAGCAUGUAUACGUGCGGCAUCAACCCAAAACGAUAACCACGGUUACUGAGUUCGUAAAUGUUAUCAGGAGUUACGAAAAAUGCCCCGACACUAUUAAAGCGAUUAUGAUCGAAGACUACAAUGAGGUGCAAAAUUUGAUGGAUUACUAUGAUAAAAGUGGAGCCGAUUUCCCUUAUAACUUUGAUUUCGUGGGCGCAGAUGCUAAGCAACUCGGCGGGUUAGGGACCUUGAAACUGGUCGACACUUGGAUGAAAUAUAUGAUCCCACCCAAAAAGUCUAUAGAAAAUGAUCAUAAAUCUAACCAUAGUGUUGAAUCUAGUCAUAUUAUCGAUUAUAGCAAACGUUGGCCUAACUGGGUGACAAGUAAUCACGAUCGCCAUCGAUUUGCGACCAGAUCUGGUGAGAAUAUGACGGACGCGUUUCACAUGCUCAUACUUUUAUUACCUGGUACUCCGACAAUUUAUUAUGGAGGGGAGUUGGGAAUGACAGAUAUCGACGUGCCUUCUUUCUCUCAAACUCAAGAUUCUUUUGCUUUAAAUAUGGGACUGGAAAGAUACAAAUUAUAUACUAGAGAUCCAGAAAGAGCUCCCAUGCAAUGGGAUUCAUCGCCGAACGCAGGUUUUACCACAUCUAACUCCCCAUGGUUACCCGUUAACCCAGAUUACGUCGUAAAAAACUUCCAAACCGAGAAAGAUGAUAAGAUGUCACAUCUCAACAUAUUUCGGGCCCUGGUCAAGUUGAGAAGAGAAAAGGAAUUCAGAGAUAUCAAUAUUGGUUAUGGUGCUGUCAAUAAAAAUAUUUUCUCAUUUGUUCGAAAAAAUGCGGAAGGCACUAAAGGAUACUUUAUUAUUCUUAACUUGGGUCGGGAACCAGACUACUACCCACUAGAAGAACAUUCAAAGGGGUUAACUCCAGCCAACGAACCUUUAAAAGUUUUGCUUACGACUCCCAGCUAUCAUCCUAAUAGCGCUAUUUCGAUCGGAAAUCAAAUAAAUUUAUUUCAUUCGAAAGAGAUAGAAUUGAAUCAAGGUUUAAUGGCAAACAGAAAUCUGAGUGCUUCUCUAAACAAUAUUCAUAAUAUGGCGGAUGGUAACAAAGGCUUACGAUUAGAAUCGGGCCAGGGAAUUGUUUUAGCUUGGGGUUCAGACCUUCCCGAUUUAUUGUGAUGUAAAAUAUUAUUAGCAUUCAAAAAUUUUGAUAUUAUAUUAAUAUUAUUAUUAG